CAGAGUGUGACAGUGUCUACCGUGCGGGAAAGAACUCUCUGCCAUCCACUGGAGUUGUGCGAAUGGAGAGAAAUGUGUGUGAAGCCCAUGUCUUUGGUGAAGCCACACAUGACUAUCUACAGGUGUCUUUGUAGGCAAAGCAAAUGCUUGGCUUCUUAUUCAGACAAGUGUCUUUUAGGCUGUCUCUCGUGCACACCUUCUCUCUCUUCCUUUUCUCUUCAUAUUUUAUUAUUGCAAGCCUCAACGUUUGACUGUAAUCCAUCCAGGUCGGUUUUUGGAUCAUGGUCCAACUUCUCCCUUCACUUAAUGUGUAACCAGAUGACAUAUUCCUCAGUCAAAGGUCAUUCUCCUGUGUGAAUUGAAAUACAAUCUAUGGACAAGUAAUUCCACUGAGAGGUACAGGACACUACUGCGGUGCAUUGGACAUCCCUGAUAAGAAAGGUUGCUCAGUAAGUGCAGUAGUUCUAAGAUUUGAAUGAAAGGCAUCUGCCAUUCUCUAUCCAGAGGUGGUCCCGUUGACUAGUAGACCCAGCUGUAUACACUGAGCUAACAUCUUACUCAUACCUUCAUUCCUCAGAAUUGAAUUGAGGGCAAAGGUUCAAUAGUCUACCUGUUGCUGUCCGCUUCCUCCCAGCUCAGCUCCUAUAACUGCUGUCAGUGGGAAAGAGGUACGGAUAGUUUAUUUGAUCCAUUAUUUCACCACCUGCGAGUCCAUACGUUAGCGACUUCAACUGACCGGGGAUAUGGAAGAAGCCCUCAACAGCACUAUACAUCCGACCUGUUUACAAGAACCUCCGCUGGCUGUCGAUAUCAUAAAGCAGCUGGAUGUCUUUGGGGUGGCUCUGUACUCAAUGCUGACCCUCAUGUCUACAAUGUCCCUGCUACUAUACCUGGAGGAGUGUGUGUUUAUCUAUAGAAAAGUCCCGUCUCCCAAGAAGACAACUAUUAUGUGGGUAAAUGGAGCUGCACCGGUCAUUGCUACCAUGGCUUGUUUUGGUAUGUGGAUCCCAAGGGCAACCAUGUUUACAGAUAUGACCUCUAAUUCGUACUUUGCAGUGGUGGUGUAUAAGGUCUUAAUUCUGCUGAUAGAGGAGAGUGGGGGUAGCGAGACCUUUCUGAAGCGCAAUUACAAGAAAACCUUCAAGAUCAGUACAGGACCAUGCUGCUGCUGCUGUCCUUGCCUGCCCCGCGUUCUGGUCACACGGCGUAUGUUAUUCCUGCUGAAGCUGGGGGCUCUUCAGUAUGCUAUCUUAAAGACACUUCUCUCAAUCCUCUCCAUAAUAUUGUGGACCAACGGCAACUUUGAUAUUUCUGGUCUUGAGAUCACAAACACGGCGAGUUGGAUCAACCCAUUUAUAGGGGUUCUCACCAUCAUCUCCCUUUGGUCUGUCGCCAUCAUGUUCAUGAACACAUGCAACACACUGCGUAGCGUCAGGAUCAUACCUAAGUAUGCCAUGUACCAGCUGGUGCUGGUGCUCAGUCAGCUGCAGACGGUCAUUAUUAACGUCCUGGCCUUGGAUGGAGCCAUUGCCUGCUCCCCGCCCUUCUCCUCUAGAGCCCGUGGCACCAUGUUGAGUCAGCAGCUAAUGAUUGUGGAGAUGUUCAUCAUCACCCUGGUCACCCGGGCAUUGUACCGCCGCACUUAUGACCCACUGCCCUCCGACCCCCACGAGACUGACAACGACCAGAACACCAAUAUCAGCCCACAGGCACCACAGUGGGAGCCUGCUGCCUGAGAGAUUGUGGUGGAGUGAAUAGAGAGAGUGGUGUGUGUGUGUGUGUGUGUGUGUGUGUGUGUGUGUGUGUGUGUGCUUGUGUGUGUGUGUGUGUGUGAGAGAUGUAUCAACAGGCUUUAAUAACCUCACUAUAUAACCUCACAAAUAUUAAUUUACAGUAGCUAGGUUUCGAACCUGUUGGCACAGAUUUUCAUUUGAAUAUUCUAAAAUAUGCAGAAAUCAAAUAUGUGAAUUUUCCCACAAGAGAUGUGUUUCCAUCAAAAUUACUUGUAGAUAAAAUUAUUUGCAUGAUGACAUAGUGCUACUGGUGCACAUAAAAAUGACUUUUGCGGGUAAAUUCCCAUAUACCGAAUAAAAAAUUACAAGUAAAAUGGGUUUCCAUCGCAUUUUCAACUCUACUGAUGGCUUUGUCACAAAAAAAUAUUGUGUUAUUUAGCGAAUGUGCCCACUCUAGUAUUGGCACGUUCGCUCUAGCCAACAGCUCGUUCGGGUAUAGCCUACAAAAAUGAGAUUAUUAUGGACAAAAGAACAAGAUUAUUUUUAUUUGUCAAAUGGCAGUCAAGCAUCGAUCAUCAUGUCACCAAAAUAAGACCCCCGAUAUUUAUUGGAACGGAGCAUCAAGCUCAUCACUUUAGGCUUUCACCACAGACAGAGACACAGACCAGACAAGGUUGGAGGGCAUUUCGGUAGAAUGCGUUCAGUUGUGCAACUGACUUGGUAUCCCCUUUCUUCUUUUCCACCCUGUGAAGUUUAUCCUAAAUGAUUUCAUCUGUAACCUACUUAACUUCAUACCUUCCCGAGUCAUAGUGGUAGGACCACACAGCAUGUCAUCGCGUGACUUCAAAUGUACUUCUAUAUUAUGGUUAGUAUAUCAAUAUUUGAGAACAAAAGCGUUUCCGCCGACAUUUCUAGCAUAAGGAAUUUUACCGACAUUAGAAAAUCCUACCUUGCCUAGUAUAUUAUGUUUAGUUGAAAUGUGGAAAGUUUACCAACAAAUGUUCUGUUUCCCAUCAGGCCUGUCAUGACAUUUUUUAUCCGACAUGUACAUUACUCGCAUAAAAAGGUUGGAUGGAAACCUGGUUACUAUUGUUGUAUUUUUAUGACUUUUGUCUUGAUUGUGUCCUAUAUUCUGCUGUUGUAGUUUUUGGUUAAUCCUGUAGGCCUAUAACAUAGGCUACAGUAAUUCUAUUUUAAAAGUUUAGUUGUAUUAUGCUGAAUAUAACGUUCGGACAUAUACCUCCAACAACAACAUAUGUGUCCCAUCCAUAUUGCCUCAGCUCUUAGCACGGCUAUGUGGAGUUGGAUAUGUGAGGGUUUUGGAAAUACGUUAUAAACCAAAAUGGGUUAAAUAGUUGGAUAAAAUGUGUAUUUUGUAUUCAUAUCAAUAAAUAUAGUGUAUUACAUCUUUA